UGGGAAGAGACCCCUCUGGCAGGGCUGGAAGCACAGGUCUACCAUCAGUGCUCCCUACUCUGGAAAUCUUUGCUUCCCUUGGCUAGUUGCUCACCUCCUCAGCCACGAUCUCACUUCUUGUUCAAAAGCCUGCACUUCACUCUCACCUAGAUGAAGUUCUCACCCCUCUAUAAAAUGGAGGUGAUAACAAGAGCUCCCCAGAGAGGACUAUGAGGCUGCAUGAUGCGUGACAGGUCCCAAGCACAGAAGUGGACCGUGUUGGGUUCAGAGUCCACGCUAAUAAACUACAGCCCCUGCGGUUUGAUACCAGCUCCGCCCUGACUCACCCUCAGAAAGCUGUCUUCAUUCUAGCUCAGCUCAAAAGGCAGAAGGUCAAUGGGAUGUUAGGCUGGAUAAAACAACUCCAUACCAUGUCCCAAACCUGGUUCCAGCACCUAGAGAGAGGGCGACUCUGGUCUGCCUUGUGGCAGUUUAAGCUCUGGUGUUUCGUGGGUGCUUGGGGGCUGCUCCCAGACUGGUGAGGCUUUGAGGGAAAGGGGGACUCAGAGCAAGUGAGGAUGCCUGCUGUUCUCUGGGAGAGGCUGGCAGCUGCUUAGCCUAUGAAAGUGCUUAGUGUGGGAUGAAUGACUGUCACAAUAAUGAUCAUUAUUAAUUGAUGGUGGCACCUGGGUCCCUAAAUGGUGACACCUGCCUGGUCCAUGAUGGGGUUCUAGGCAGCAGUGCUGAAGGGAGGAUGGAGGAGGCAUUUCUGUGCACAAGGAGACCCUCUGCCCAUGGGCAAAGCUGAGACAACUGACCUGAACCUAAGAUUCAAGUGCCUGAACUGAGUCCUAGGGUUCCUGGGGCUUAGGGCCAGGGCAUCUAGAACUGCCUCUUCCUGCCAAGUCCUUGGGGAAGAUCUGCAUCUCCAAUCAGCCCAAAUCCUGCAGAGCUGGUCGAGUGUCUGGGUAUCACCAUUCCUCACCCAGGGAUAGAGGCAGGACACCCUCUCUGAUGAAAGAUUUAGAGCUCAGGAAGUGAAAUCUUGCCAGACUCAUCUUCUGAGCCCUGGUCAGAUGCUCUGCCUCCUGGAAGACUUCCAGGCUGAGUUAGUUGUUCAUUCUUCUGGGUUCCCACAGAUUUUAGAUAAACCUUGGUCCUUGGUUGUGUCUCAGCAUCUUUAAGCCCUGGAGUUUGGCAAGUCUGCGUAUGUACUCCAGGUUUGUCUGCCGUCUACUAGCUGCGUGACCUUGGGCAGGUGACGUUACCUCUCUGAGCUUUGGUUUCUUUACCAGGAGGGUAGACUAACAGGGGUGCUUGAUGCAUCAGCUGUGAGACUUAAAUGAAAUGCAAUAGGUGGGGCAAUUAGCCCUCUGGCACCCCAGCCCACCUGCACCUCUCUGUCCCUCACUCAGGCUUAGAGCCUGUUCUGGGCUCUCUGCAGGCGUCUGCGGUUGCUGUGUCCUUGGCCCAAGGAUACAUGGAAUCUUUCUGUGCCCUUGGAUGAAAGAGCUGCUUGCUUGUUGGGGUCCAAAGAGAGGUGAGGACUGGCCAGGGCUGUCCAGUGGAGGCAGAAGGCCUGGGCAACACCUGCAGGGUACUGGGGUGUGCCACCUGCUAUCCCCAGGAAGCAAACUCAUGAAUAUUCACACCACUGGAGUGGGAGGGAGCCAGCCAGCUUGCUGCUGGGUGUCAUUGGAGCAUUCCUGUCUCCCAGUGACCGCAGAGGCUGCCUGGGAGUUGGACGUGGCUCAGGCAGUGGGUGGAAAGGGGCAGCCAGCCACAGCCCGAGGUGAGUGUGUCUCUUUUGCUCCACCACAGGGGUUACAGGGAAAGUAGGAUACCCUGAGACCUGCCUGGUGGUGAUGCUCUAAGCCAGAAGGUUUACCAUCCUGGGCUGAGUUUCCGUUUGUACAUGAUGUGGGGGAAUAAGUCCUGUUUCUCCUUCAUUCCCUGGAGGGCAUCAGUUCAGCUAAACAGGAGGAUGGCUGGGCCUGGCCUGCUGCCAGCUGUCUGCACUGAUGCAGGCCAAUGUGAUGGGCAUAAUCUAGAAGGGCAGGAAUAGAUGGAGUGGGCUGGUGACGGGGGGACCGUCCAUCCUGAGUGCCUGCGGUUGUCACUACUGUGGGUGGAGGAGGUGGGAGACCCAGGUUCCAGUCCCGUCUCUGCUGCUGCUGGGCUGUGUAACCCCGAAGGUAUCCUUGCCCUCUCUGAGGCUGAGCCUCCCUGCCUCUUUGUCUUCUGGCCCUGAGGCUAGGAGGCUCUGGCUACCUUGAGAUCAUCCCUGAACUUGGCUGCCUGCAAGCCUCCAUUGUGGGCCAGUGGGCACACACUUUGAUGGGGUUGUGGCUGGGACCCUGGGAACGUAAUGAUGAUAAUGAUGAUAACAAUGAUGGCAGGCCCUGCUGAGUGACUGUCUGCUCUGCACCAGCCUCGGGCUGGGUGCUUUCCCUGUGGAAUGCAGAGGAUCUGCACAGCACCCUGUGAUGGAGGGUCAGCUGGUACAGGUUGAGUAUCCCUUAUCCGAAAUGCUUGGGACCAGAAGUGUUUCGGAUUUCAGAUUUUUCAGAUUUUGGAAUAUAUGCAUAUAUGUAAUGAGAUAUCUUGGAGAUGGAACCCAAGUCUAAACAUUUAUGUUUAGAAAGAAUUUAUGUUUCUUUCUUUCUUGUUGAUUUUAUUAUUUAAGCUUUUUUUUUUUUUUGAGACGGAGUCUCGCUCUGUCGCCCAGGCUGGAGUGCAGUGGAGUGAUCUCGGCUCGCUGCAAGCUCCGCCUCCUGCGUUCACGCCGUUCUCCUGCCUCAGCCUCCUGAGUAGCUGGGACUACAGGUGCCUGCCACCAAGCCUGGCUAAUUUUUUUUGUAUUUUUAGUAGAGAUGGGGUUUCACUGUGUUAGCCAGGAUGGUCUCGAUCUCCUGACCUCAUGCUCCACUCACCUCGGCCUCCCAAAGAGCUGGGAUUACAGGCAUGAGCCACUGUGCCCGGCCUAAUUUUAAUUUUUUUGAGAUAGGGUCUUGCUCUGUAGCCCAGGCUGGAGUUUAGUGGCACGAUCAUGGCUCACUGCAGCCUCGACCUCCCAGGUUCAGGUGAUCCUUCCGCCUCAGCCUCCCCAGUAGCUGGGACUACAGGCAUGCACCACCAUGCCUGGCUAAUUUUUGUAUUUUUUGUAGAGAUGAGGUAUUGCCAUGUUGGUCAGGCUGGCCUCAAACUCCUGAGCUCAAGUGAUCCUCCUGUGUCUGUCUUUCAAAGUGCUGGAAUUACAGGCAUGAGCCACCACACCCCAUCUUCAUGUAUGUUUCUUAUACACAUAGCCUCAAGGUAGUUUUAUUUUUCCCUUCAGGACGCUAAAUAAACCUGCGCUUUGACUGAGACCUGUCACGUGAGGUCAGGUAUGGAAUUUUCCAUUUGUGGUGUCAUGUAGGCAUUCAAAAAGUUUUGGAUUUAGGGACAUUUCAGAUUUCAAUUUUUUUUUAUUAUUUUUUUAUCCAUUUAUUUAUUUUUGAGAAAGAGUCUCGCUCUGUCACCCAGGCUGGAGUGCAAUGGCGCAAUCUCAGCUCACUGCAACCUCUGUCUCCCAGGUUCAAGCAAUUCUCCUGCCUCAGCCUCCCAAGUAGCUGGGAUUACAGGUGCGCACCACCACGCCCGGCUAAUUUUUUGUAUAUUUAGUAGAGACAGUGUUUCAGCAUGUUGGCCAGGCUGGUCUUGAACUCCUGACCUCGUGAUCUGCCUGUCUCGGCCUCCCAAAGUGCUGGGAUUAUACCACGCCCGGCCCAUGGGAGCUUUUACAUGCAUGUGCCUCACAUGUAUUACUUUCGUCUGUAGGUCUCCUACACAGGAUCUCUCCUGUGUCUCAGUGAGGUGUUGUCUGCCUGGACCAUGGCCUCAUCCACAUUCUCUGCACAGGCUCUAUAGCCCUGGACACCUUCUGCCCUGAGGGUCAUGGGAAGUCAUUCAUCACACAUUCACCAGGUGCCAGGCUCGGGGAGCUCAGGGAUGAGUCACCAGUAGGCUUGCCUGCAGCAGGGCAUGGAAGGGACCUCACCUCUGGCACGCCGGUGAACCAAGGCUGGGUCAGAGUCAAUGGUAUGAUAAUAAUUAAUAUGAGUUGAUCUCCUGGGUACGUGCAUUAUCUCAGUCUCACAGCCUUAGGGCAAGGCAUGGUGGCUUACGCCCAGCACUUUGGGAGGUGGAGGUGGGAGGAUCACUUGAGGCCAGGAACUCAAGAUCAGCCUGCAACAUAGUGAGAGCCCCCAUCUCUACAAAAAAUUAAAAACUUAGCUGGGCAUGGGUGGUAUGCACUUGAGCGGCCGAGGCGGGAAAUUCACUUGAGGCUAGGUGUUCGAGACCAGCCUGGGCAGUAGCGUGAGACCCCAUCUCUACAAAUUUUUUUUUUAAAAGUAGCCAGGCAUGGUGGUGCAUGCCUGUAGUCCUAGCUACUCAGGAGGCCGAGGCAAGAGGAUCCACUGAGCCCAGGAUUUCUAGGCUGCAAUGAGCUAUGAUCGUGCCACUUCACUUCAGCCUGGGUGAUGGAGCAAGAUCCUGUCUUUUUAAAAAAAUUAUCUCAUAGCCUAGUGACUGUUCUCCCUCAAGCCAGGCUCCUGGCUGCCAGCUAGCUCCUCUCCCGACCUCAGUCUGCCCAGGAGCUCUGCCUGUGAUUACAGAGGGCUCUGUGUGCCUUGAUCUUGCUGUUGUGUGUCCAUUGCACACACGAGGAGACUGAGGCUCAGGGAGGGUGAGGUUCAUAGCUUCAUGCCUAAGUUUACAGUAGCCAGGCAGGAAGGGCACAACCAGCCUUGGUCCCCUCAGGUGGCUGGCAUGGGAGGGACGGACACCAGGGCCCCCUCUGCUUUCCCUCCCCUUAUCCUGGCCGCAGGCUCAGCCCACAGAGACCGGACCCUGCUGUGCUCCCAGGAUAGAGCUUCCUGUCCAACCCCACAUCCCCCACUUCCUGCAAUGCAACUUUCCCUCCUUCCUUCCCCUGGGCUUGGGACAGGGCUUAGGACACACCAGGCAGGGGCUGCCAUGGACAAAGCAGGAAGCAGCACAUUGGAGUUCCGUAGACCUGGGCUCUAAUUCCAGCCCUGCCCCCGCUUUGCUGAAUGACCCUGGAUAAGUUAUGUCACCUCCUGGAACCUCACCUUUCCCAUCUACCAAACGGGGGUGACAGCAGGGUGGGGGGUGGAGUGGCAUCCACUAAGUGGUUGCUGAGUAGGGUCAGUUAGAUGCUCUGGAGAGGCAGGCCCCUGCUUUGGGCCUGGCUCCUAACAGGGGCUCAAAAGUAAAACUAGGAGGGAUGGCCCAAGGUUCAGCGGCUGGCAGCACCCAGCAUGUGUAGCAGGGGCCUGGCAAGCUUUGAGAAAUAGCAAAUGGGGGCCAGGCUCAGUGGCUCACACCUGUAAUCCCAACACUUUGGAAGGCCAAGGUGGGUGGAUCGCUUGAAGUCAGGAGUUUGAGACCAGCCUGGCCAACAUGGUGAAACCCCGGCUCUACUAAAAUGCAAAAAUUACUUGAGUGUGGUGGUGGGCACCUGUAGUCCCAGCUACUGGAGAGGCUGAGGCAGGAGAAUCACUUGAACCCAGGAGGUGGAGGCUGUAGUGAGCCGAGAUCGCACCACUGCACUCCAGCCUGGGCAACAUAGGGAGACUCUGUCUCAAAAACAAACAAACAAAAGAGGAAAUGGGAGAAUGAAACCAGUGAGUGAAUGAGUGAAUGAGUGAACCAGUAAUGGGGUGGGGGGGGGGUGCGGGUGGAGGAACUGUCCUGGGCGGGGCCAGGUGGAGCCUGAUUGGCGGGGCAGGGAGGCUGGUCUGCCCCCUGCUGCUGGGCCUGAACCUCAGCGCCUCCACUAUUGCAGCCUCCCUGAUUCCAGAAGGUACCUUGGUGAGUGGGGCUGCUGGGGCCGGGGUGGGUCCUUGGGAUUUCCAGAGGGCAAGCCACAGGAAUCCUAAUCCCUCCUCAUCUUUAAGUCAGAGAAACUGAGGCCCAGAGUUUUGGACUAUGAUCUUGUCCACGACUCUGCCCUGUUUUCUGCUGGGUCGCUGAGAAGUGGGAGGCUGACAGGGGUGCUUGAGGCUGAGGCAGGUUUGAGCUUUGUGGGCGGCCCAGCCCCUACUCCUUUUGGGGUUGAAGGCAGGCCCCCCGGGCCUCAGGAGGGGUACAGAUAACACUCUAAGUGAUGACUAUGUGCUGGUUGCUUUGCUCAGAAAAGUUCUCCAGAGAAUGGCUAGGGGCGCCUCCAGCUUUCUCAUUUUACAGAUGAAAAACUGAGACUCCAUGAGGGUUCUUGGCUUGUCUGAAAUCACAGUGCUGGAUUGAAACACAGGCUUGAGGGUCCCAGAGCCUGAGGUUGGUGCUGGGGCCCCUCCAUGGCUGCCGGGUUUAUUCCGCUUUGCAAGCUUUCUGAUUUGUUACUUAAAUGUGCUAAGUAACAAAUUAACUAACACAUUUGUUAACGUGUUGACAAUUAUUGCCUUUUUUUGAGAUGGGGCCUCACUCUGGUCACCCAGGCUGAAGUGCAGUGGCGACCUUGGCUCACGGUAACCUCUGCCAACCUCUGCCCCCCAGGCUCAAGCAAUCCUCCCACCUCAGCAUAACUUUUCCAGGGCAUAGUGUGUGCGACCCUCCCCCAGGGGGGCUGACUCCAGGGACAGUGGUGAUAAUGCGAUGCAUGUAGUUAUUAGCACAUGUGACUUUUCCUGGCCUCAGGGGCCCAGGGCGCAGUGCAGUGUGAGCCAGGACAGAAGUGGAAAGUUCGGGACAAGAGUAGAAAGUUUGGGGACCUGGUUUUGCAGCUGAGGGGAGGUGGGAAGGCCCUCCAAGCCGCAGCUCUCUCCUGGACUCCAGUUCCUCAGCCUGAACUGCCCCCGUUACAGUCCACGUCUCAGUCCCCUGCUGAUAGGGUUGCCACGCUUAGAUCAUCCCCCCAAACAAACAAAUAACAACAGGCUGGGCACAGUGGCUCAUGCCUAUAAUCCCAGCACUUUGGGAGGCUGAGGUGGGAGGAUUGCUUGAGUCCAGGAGUUCAAUACCAGCCUGGGCAUCUCAAAAAUAAUAAUAUAAAAUAAAUAUUAAAAAUAUAUAAAAAUGGGCCAUGCGCGGUGGCUCAUGCCUGUAACUCUAGCACUUUGGGAGGCCAAGGUGGGCAGAUCACAAGGUCAGGAGAUCAAGACGAUCCUGGCCAACAUGGUGAAACUCCAUCUCUACUAAAAAUACAAAAAUUAGCUGGGUGUGGUGGCGUGUGCCUGUAAUCCCAGCUACUUGGGAGGCUGAGGCAGGAGAAUCGCUUGAACCAGGGAGUCAAAGGUUGCAGGGAGCCGAGAUUGCGCCACAGCACUCCAGCCUGGCGACAGAGCAAGACUCCGUCUCAAAAAAAUAAAAUAAACAUAUAAAAAUGAAAAAUAAAAUAAGGAAAUAACAACAAAACCUCCAGGACAUCUAGUUAAGUUUGAAGUUUGAAUAAUUUUUUGUUUUUGAGACAGAGUCUCACUCUGUCACCCAGGCAGGAGUACAGUGGCACCAUCUCGGCUCACUGCAACCUCUACCUCCUGGGUUCAAGCGAUUCUUCUACCUCAGCCUCCUGAGUAACUGGGACUAUAGGCGCAUGCCACCACACCCAGCUAGUUUUUGUAUUUUCAGUAGAGAUGGAACUUCACCAUAUUGGUCAGGCUUGUCUCAAACUCCUGACCUCAGGUGAUCCACCCUCCUCGGCCUCCCAAAGUGCUAGGAUUACAGGCGUGAGCCACAGUGCCCAGCCUUGGAAUAAUUUUUAGUAUAACUAUGUCCCAUGCAAUAUUUGGAAUAUACUUAUACCGUAAAAAAUUGUAUUCAUUGUUUAUCUGAAAUUCGAAUUUAACUGAGCAACCCUACAGGCUGGGUUUGGAAAGGGGGUGGGUGUGUGAGCAGAGGCCUGGCCAGCUGUGUGACUUGAGCCUUCUUCUUCCCAGCUGUGAGUCUCAGUUUCUCCAUCAGCCACCCUACAGACUCCAGGGGGCACAGGGGCCAGUGAGGAGAGAAGAGCCCUGGGCUCUUACUGGGCACCUCACCUGUACCACUGUGGGGUGGGUGGCACAGGGGACAGGUAGGGCUGGCUGUGCUUUCUGAAAGGUGAAGGAUUCAGGCCCCAGAGAGCCCUUGGCCUUCCCUAUAGACAGCCCUGGCCCAGGCCUGGGGGAGAGGGGGCCCAGGGCACGGGGAGAGGGUCUUCUUUUCCUUCUUAUUUAUUUGUUUAUUUAUUUGAGACAGGGUCUCACUGUGUCAUCCAGAGCUGGAGUGCAGCGGCACAGUCAUGGCUCACUGGAACUCAGGCUCAAGCAAUCCUCCCGCCUCAGCCUUCCAAGUAACUAGGACUACAGGCAUGUGCCACCACGCCUGGUGUCUGAGAUGCUGCCACCGCAGAAGAAGCCCUGGGAGUCCAUGGCUAAGGGGCUGGUGCUGGGCGCGCUCUUCACCAGUUUCCUGCUGCUGGUGUACUCCUAUGCUGUGCCCCCGCUGCAUGCUGGCCUGGCCUCCACGACCCCGGAGGCCGCAGCGUCCUGCUCUCCACCUGCGCUCAAGCCAGAGGCAGUGAUCCGGGCCAACGGCUCGGCGGGGGAGUGCCAGCCGCGGCGCAACAUCGUGUUCUUGAAGACGCACAAGACGGCCAGCAGCACCCUGCUCAACAUCCUGUUCCGCUUCGGCCAGAAGCACCGGCUCAAGUUCGCCUUCCCUAACGGCCGCAAUGACUUCGACUACCCGACCUUCUUCGCCCGCAGCCUGGUGCAGGACUAUCGGCCCGGGGCCUGCUUCAACAUCAUCUGCAACCACAUGCGCUUCCACUACGACGAGGUGCGCGGCCUGGUGCCGACCAACGCCAUCUUCAUCACGGUGCUCCGCGACCCCGCCCGCUUGUUCGAGUCCUCCUUCCACUACUUCGGGCCGGUGGUGCCCCUCACGUGGAAGCUCUCGGCCGGCGACAAGCUGGCCGAGUUCCUGCAAGACCCGGAUCGCUACUACGACCCCAACGGCUUCAAUGCCCACUACCUCCGAAACCUGCUUUUCUUCGACCUGGGCUAUGACAACAGCCUGGACCCCAGCAGCCCGCAGGUGCAGGAGCACAUCCUGGAGGUGGAGCGUCGCUUCCACCUGGUGCUCCUUCAAGAGUACUUCGACGAGUCGCUGGUGCUGCUGAAGGACCUGCUGUGCUGGGAGCUGGAGGACGUGCUCUACUUCAAGCUCAACGCCCGCCGCGACUCGCCCGUGCCGCGUCUCUCCGGGGAGCUGUACGGGCGCGCCACCGCCUGGAACAUGCUGGACUCCCACCUCUACCGCCACUUCAACGCCAGCUUCUGGCGCAAGGUGGAGGCCUUCGGGCGGGAGCGCAUGGCCCGCGAGGUGGCCGCCCUGCGCCAUGCCAACGAGCGCAUGCGGACCAUCUGCAUCGACGGGGGCCACGCCGUGGACGCCGCCGCCAUCCAGGACGAGGCCAUGCAGCCCUGGCAGCCGCUGGGCACCAAGUCCAUCCUGGGCUACAACCUCAAGAAGAGCAUCGGGCAGCGGCACGCGCAGCUCUGCCGGCGCAUGCUCACGCCCGAGAUCCAGUACCUGAUGGACCUCGGCGCCAACCUGUGGGUCACUAAGCUCUGGAAGUUCAUUCGCGAUUUCCUGCGGUGGUGACGUCCCACCGCCCAGCGGCUUGCCUGCCUGCUCGCUCCCUGCAGAGGGGCUGAGCAGGACGCCGCUGGUGCUGGCCGCCCCCAGCCCCCUCCUGGUGCCACCUCAGACCCCGGGGUGAGGGGGGGCUCCCUGGGGGGACGCAGCCAGCCAAGACUGGGCCCAUGCACACAGAGAGGGCCUAACCGAGAUCAGUAUUUAACUAAUUAUACCAGUUUUUAUUAAACCCCUUUCCCUCCCCGAUAAAGAAUGUUCUAUUUCUGCCUCCCCUUAAAGGGGAGACCUCAGAAGUAAAGGAAUUUGAUGUUGUGUUUUUGUUAA